AUGAGGGAAACUGCUCGAGUCAUUGUCGAGCGGGAGGGUGCCCUUUUCAGGAUCUUGGAUUUGGGCUGGCGGCACACCGCAAAGGCCCUGUACAAAAAAGAGGUUGGACACAUCUUCUACGGUCGCUGGUACUCACUCGUUUGGGGAGGAAGCCCAAAGGCGAAGCAUGAAGUGGAAGAGACGCUUGUUCACAACACUGGAGUGGUGAGGCGCAUGGAAUCAUGA